GUGAGAAAGGUGAGUGACAGCCAUAUUCUUUCAACUUAAGAGUAGUCAUUCACCUACAUUUCUCAACUACCUAGCUCAUGUAUGGCUCCUCGAAUGCCACACCCUGGGCAACAGUCUUGGCUGACUGGCUAAAUACAUGAGUAAUUUAUGAGCUUAAUAAUAUUUACAGAAUAGCCCAUGUUUUGCAUGAAUCAAAACAAGAAAUCGGCAGGAAAUUACAUAGGUUGAUUUUAAUUUUAAGCAUGGAAAGAAAAGCAAGAGAAUCACAGGCAGUGCACCAUUCCUUCAUAAGGAAAAAAAUAUUUUUUCCACAUGCAUUUAACAUUGAACAUUUAACAGAAUUAAAUUUUCUUGAGUGUUGUGUCAAGCAUGGUUAUGCAAUCUUUGAUGAUACAAACAUGUGGCAUUUUUGUGUGGCUUUGGGUGCCUUCUACAUUGAGACUACUUUAUGUUUAACAAUGGCUAAGACUGAUGUAGAACAAGACUGCAAGAUAGUUUCAGCAGUUGAGCCACAUAAGUGCCUGUAUGCUAUACAUGGCUUCCAGAUUACAAAGAUGGGCUUGUGAAGGACAACAUAUAGAAAAACAUUGCAAAUACUCCAGGCCUACUUGAAUUGGACUCUGGAGAAAUUCCCCAUGGUUAUCACUGCCUCCAGCGACAUGUAACGAGAAGUUAAGAAACGAGGUGCCAUGCGCCACAACUCAACCCAGUAUGCCUAAUGGUCACUACCAUUGUGGAACCUUCAGACAGGACUUGGGUUGAAGGGCUUUCGAUCCACACCUGGUUGCUGGAUAAAAGCUUAUCUGAUGGCUGGGCUUGUAUGCUGACACUGUGAAGGCAAUAUGCCAUAAUCUACUAUCAGAUUAUCAGAAGAGUGUCUGGUCAGUAAACAAGAUCCAGUUUUUUUAACGAGAUGGCGUUUCUCAAGCCACAACUCAUCCUCAUCCAGAAAGGGGGUGAUCAGCCUGUGGCCUCUACAGAGAAGAGCUCUUUCAGUGUCAAGUCAGAGGUAUUGAGCAAUGAUGAAUAUGAGGAUACAAUUAAUAUGAACCCUUCAGACAUGGGUCAACCCAACAUGAGCGUAGCAGAUGCCUAUAAGAUGUCGAGGUUCCCAUUAGUAAGUUACGAGGACUACGAUGACAAGGCUGAUAAUGAAGAACUUAACGUGAAGGUCGAGGAGGAGGAUUCACUCUUGCUGGAAGGUGGUGACCGUCCUGUGGCCUCUACAGAGAAGAGCUCCUUUAGCUCCUUCAAAUGCACCAUUUGUUCCAAAACCUUCCAACUCCAGAGAUAUCUCAAUGCUCAUUUAGAAACACACUCUAGUGAACAAACACAUCCCACAGAGGACUUUAAAUGCACCAUUUGUUCCAAAACCUUCCAACUCCAGAGAUACCUGAAAGCUCAUUUAAAAAUACACUCUGGUAAACAAAGGCGUCCCACAGAUGUCUUUAAAUGCACCAUUUGUUCCAAAACCUUCCAAUUCCAGAGAUAUCUUAAUGCUCAUUUAAAAAUACACACCAGUGAACAAACGCAUUCAACGCAUAACUUUAAAUGCACCAUUUGUUCCAAAACCUUCCUACUCCGAGGUUAUCUCAAUGCACAUUUAAAAACACACUCCAGUGAACGAAUGAUGCAGUGUGACCAUUGCAAGCAACGCUUCAAAACAAUUCGUACUCUCAAGAAGCACUUAAAAAAUAAACAUGUACAUGGCGAAACAAAUUCAACAACAUUUCUUUGCAGCAUUUGUAACAAACAGUUUCGCGCACGCAGAUAUCUUACUAACCAUUUGAAAACACAUGGUUUUCUCAAGCCACACCUCAUCCGGGAAGGUGGUGAUCAGCCUGUGGCCUCUACAGAGAAGAGCUCCUUCAGCGUCAAGUCAGAGGUAUUGAGCAAUGAUGAAUAUGAGGAUACAAUUGAUGAUAUGAACCCUUCAGGUAUGGGUCAAGCUAACAUGAGUUUAGCAGAUGCCUAUAAGAGGUCGAGGUUCCCAUUAGUUACUUACGAGGACCACGAUGACAAGGCUGAUAAUGAGGAACUUUACAUGAAUGUCGAGGAGGAGGAUUCACUGUUGCCGGAUGAUCCUAACAACUCUGCGUCUGUCUCCUCAUUCCAAAUUCUGCCCCUUGAAUCAUCAUGUGACAUGAAGGUCGAGGAGGAGGAUUCACUCUUGCCAGAUGAUCCUGACAACUCUGCGUCUGUCUCCUCAUUCCAAAUUCUGCCCCUUGAAUCAUCAUGUGUAGUAAAAAAAUCAGUUGACCCUGUGUCUCUGAAACAAAAGGCUGAAAAAAAAAAGUUAACCUUUGACGUUAGUGGGGUAGAUCCUGACCUAGAAUAUUUUAAAGGUUUCCUGUCGUUGGUCAAAGAACUGUCAUCUAAAAGGAAACGACAGCUGUUUGCCUCUUUUGCACAAGAGCUCUUCAGACAUCUAGAUGAGCAAGAGAAAGAGGAAACAGACUCCACAGAUAUAUGAGACUUACACUGCAUUGAGCGAAUCUACACAUCUGUUGUCUUCCACCUUCCACUGGCUUAAACAUUGAAAGUGUAGGAUGAAUUUGUUGGAUUAGUCAUCCCAAUUAUAUAGUCCUAAUACAUAUAAUACAAAAUCCAAACAAAUUGAGUCCAAGGAAAUAAAAUGCUGGCAUCACUGUUACUGCAUUACAUGGCCCAUUGAAAACAUUCAGAAGCUUGUAGUGAUCAACUCAUCUCCAAAUAACAAAAAUAUGAGCGAUCAACAUUCCAUUUCUAAUACUGACAGGAUAUUGUGGUCAUAAGGUAGAACACAAGACUUCCAAAAGGCCACCACAGUUUGAAUCCUGCUGUAAAUACAAUUUCCUUUCCUUUGUAGAAUACUCUUGGGGGGGG